AUGGAAGGUGUAAGGGUGAAAAUCGUCGAUUUGUUUUCCUGUAUCGGCAUCAUUGAUGGCGAAUUCCUCGUGUUCAAUGAAGAGAAGAUCCACAAAAUUCUUCGUGAAAGAAGACCGAAAAAGCCGAGGGCCUUCGGGAGUCGGCAAUCGCACUUGGAAGACACAAACGUGCCCCUUGCCAAAAGGCGGUAUUCUCCUCCUCAACCACGCGCAACCAAACCGCCACCGCUGAAGGUCACCAGCAGCUCUUCUACUCAACCAGGGAGUGGCAAUAUCGCUAGCACAUCAAGGACGGACGACGAAGUGGAGCGCAUUGUAAAAAUGUCACAGCCGCUCUUAUGA